AUGAGAGCGAGAACAUUCCAGAGGUCGCCAGGCUCGGCGCUGCCGGUGUGGACGCGGACGUCGCUGGGACAGCCCCUCCCGCUGCUCGGCGGCAGCACCUGUCCGGCCGCCCCUCCGCUUCCGCCCGCCCCGCCCCUUCGGAUCCGGUUUCCAGCGCCUCUUCCUCCCAGUCCCAGGCGAGCCGCGUUGGGUUUAUGUCUUUAUUUGACGAAAACGAGCUGUUGCGCAGCCAUUGACAGAAGAUACCAAAAAGUUGCAAUCAAAGAUCUCUUCAUCUUAUUGAUAAGGUCACUAAUAAGCCAAAAUGUCUGUCGUGUCAGACCAGUUCUAUCGUUACAAGAUGCCGCGUCUGAUUGCCAAGAUCCCACCAAAUAUUUUGGUUGUGAGCUGGGAGCACAGACCCAGUUUGAUGUUAAGAAUGACCGUUACAUUGUCAAUGGAUCUCAUGAGGCGAAUAAGCUGCAAGACAUGUUGGAUGGGUUCAUUAAAAAAUUUGUUCUCUGUCCCGAGUGUGAGAAUCCUGAAACAGAUCUGCAUGUCAAUACAAAGAAGCAAACAAUAGGUAAUUCUUGUAAAGCUUGUGGCUAUCGAGGCAUGCUUGACACACAUCAUAAACUCUGUACAUUCAUUCUCAAAAACCCACCUGAGAACAGUGACAGUGGUACAGGAAAGAAAGAGAAAGAAAAGAAAAAUAGAAAGGGUAAAGACAAGGAAAAUGGCUCUGUAUCCAGCAGUGAGACACCACCACCACCACCACCAAAUGAAAUCAGUCCUCCUCCACAUGCUGUGGAAGAAGAGAAAGAUGAUGAUUGGGGAGAAGAUACAACUGAGGAAGCCCAGAGCCGCAGAAUGGAUGAGAUCAGUGACCAUGCAAAAGUUCUGACCCUAAGUGAUGAUUUGGAAAGAACUGUGGAAGAGCGUGUCAAUAUCCUGUUCGAUUUUGUUAAGAAAAAGAAAGAAGAGGGCAUCAUUGACUCAUCUGACAAAGAAAUUGUUGCUGAAGCAGAAAGACUAGAUGUGAAAGCCAUGGGCCCUCUUGUGCUGACGGAAGUUCUCUUUAAUGAGAAGAUUAGAGAGCAAAUUAAGAAAUACAGGCGCCAUUACUUAAGAUUUUGUCACAACAACAAAAAGGCUCAGCGGUACCUUCUUCAUGGUUUGGAGUGUGUGGUAGCAAUGCAUCAAGCUCAGCUCAUCUCCAAGAUUCCACACAUCUUGAAGGAGAUGUAUGAUGCAGACCUUUUAGAGGAAGAGGUCAUCAUCAGCUGGUCAGAAAAGGCCUCUAAAAAAUAUGUCUCAAAAGAACUUGCCAAAGAACGAAUCAAAGCAGAGCCAUUUAUAAAAUUGUUGAAGGAAGCAGAGGAAGAAUCUUCUGGUGGUGAGGAAGAAGAUGAAGAUGAAAAUAUUGAGGUGGUGUAUUCAAAGACUGCCAGUGUAAGGAAGGUUGAAACUGUGAAGUCUGACAACAAGGAUGAUGACAUUGAUAUUGAUGCCAUUUAAAAGGAUGGAUGCAACCUAGCAUAACAGUGUAAAGCUGCAAAUUUUUCUCCAUUUUCAAUCAGAAGUGCAACAUGUAUGUGCAAAAGCUAAAAUAGCUUAACAUCAUGCUACACUUGAUACUAAAAAGCUAUUACUAUGAGUGGUCUGUAAUUAAGCCCAGUGAGACAUCUAGGGAGUCCAUCCAUGUAUCAGUGAACAGAUGUAGUUUGCUUAUUUCUAGCAUGUUUCUUUUGGAAAAACUAGUGAUGGACACAUUUGGAUCACAUUUAUACAAUUCUAAAAACAAAGAUUUGAUUUUGGGCUCUGAA